GAGUGUGUUUAUAAAAGCUACCUACCUCUGGCAUUACGUGGUAGUAUUUGCAGCAAAGAAGGUAUCCAGGCCAGAGAGAAUUACAGAGUUAGCGGGAGACUGUGUUCUAGAGAGAGAGAGAGAGAGAGAUGGUCGGACCAGUAAGACCUCAGUUUGUGAUAUUUGGUUCGUCCAUCGUCCAGUUCAGUUACAGCCAUGGAGGAUGGGGUGCCAUUCUCGCUGACCUAUAUGCUCGUAAGGAUGAAUUUUGGAUUUUUGACAAUGGGGACCUGGCCUCAUACUUUACUUUCCGCCCUCUUCUUUUAAACGACCAAUCAAGAAAGGAAGAUUCGAUGAAUGAGGCGGACGUACUGCUGCGAGGAUAUGCUGGUUGGAACUCGAGGCGUGCUCUGCAAGUUUUGGACCAAGUUUUUCCUAAGGAUGCUACAACUCAGCCGUCUUUGGUGAUAGUUUAUUUCGGUGGUAACGAUUCAAUGCAUCCUCAUCCGUCGGGCCUAGGUGCUCAUGUACCACUUAAAGAAUAUGUAGAAAAUAUGCGGAAGAUUGCUAAACAUUUAAAGAGCCUUUCAGAAAAAACUCGGGUCAUCUUUCUUACUGCUCCUCCUGUCAACGAGGAACAAAUACGUGAAAAUUUGAGUGACCAAACUUCGCCGCAGAAGCGAACAAAUGAGUCCUGCAAAAUAUAUUCGGAUGCUUGUUUAGAGGUGUGCCGGGAGUUUGAUGUCAAGGGUGUUGAUUUGUGGACUUCAAUUCAGAAAAGAAAAGACUGGUCUACUACUUGCUUUAGGGAUGGAAUCCAUUUUUCAUCCGAAGGGAGCAAGAUUGUGGCGGAGGAGAUACUGAAGGUUCUUAGGGAAGCAGACUGGGAGCCCUGCCUACACUGGAAGUCGUUGCCAACAGAAUUUUCGGAAGAUUCACCUUAUGACCCGCCCGGUGCUGAUGGAACCACAACUGUGAACAUUGCUGAGCAGAGCGUUGCGGCGAGUCCGAUGAAGUGGGGGCUUAGCAAUGAGAUUUAAGAUAUAUGAUUAGCAGAAACCUAGCUGAAUCAUAUGGCCGAAGGCAACGGAUAUUGAUAUUUAAGCUUGAUACUAAGAGUACUUUGCAUAAGUGAUCAUAAUUAAGCACUUGAUGUAGAUCCAAUAGUAGAGAGCAUUCAAGUCCACGGCAAGAGUUUAACUCUCACGUCUUCGGCCUAAGGCCUCCUUUGUACCAAAAGGAGAAUUAUAAUCCAUGGAAAAUUUUGGAAAAACGUCUCCAGAAUUAAUCCAUGGAAAAUUUUAUGUUGCCCGUCUAUUAUUAAGGGUAUUGGUACCCUUCUUAAGAUGGAUUAUAUUAUAAUCGUCAAAGUUUACUAUUUAUAUA